AUGUCCAUAGCCGAACAAUGGUUCCGAGAAGUCCUCGAUGCAAUGUUUUGGACGCAGUCACACCUCGCAAAACUUCCAGAAGAGCUCAUUCGCUACAUCCUUCUGAACCUCGACUCCAUCAGCUCACUGCAGCGACUUUGCACCGUCUACCCUACACUGACCUCAUCAUGCGUUUCCACCUUCGACAAAACCAUCAGUGGCAUAUUGCGAAAAACGAUGGAUGAAGAGCUCCAAUGUUAUCUGUACGCCAUUAUCGCAGCUCGAGAAAGAGGAAGAAUGAAUGGAACUCAAAUGCGAUUGUUCUUGCAGGAUCAUGUCGAAAAUGCCGACUUGAGCAAACCUCCAGCCGACGUUUCGCGGUCCUCAGAAACCAUCGAGUAUAUGGCCUGGAUUCUUGAAUCGGUAGACAAUUUUGUGGAGUACUGCCCCAUGAUAUGGUCAAAGGCGUGUGGAACAACAGACGCCAUCCAGCUUUUCGAUGACAAUGCAUGUCCCCCAGACAUCCUACCACUGUCGAUGUGGAAAGACAAAUACCGCCUCCGACGAGCACUCUUAAGAUUUCAACUGUUCUCCGAGCUCUUCCACACUCCUGGUAACACUUCAGAUUUCCCGAAUAUGACGCUAAUACCCCACUGGGAGGAUAACUUGGAUGCCCAAGAACAUUUCUGGAAGCGAUACGAAUGGUGGGAAGUAGAAGAGUGCAAAUGCAUCUACACCUUGCUAUCAACUGCCGUUGUAUACUCGAAGCAUCUAUCUUGGGAAUGUAAACUUCCUAAAAGAGUUCCCAAAACCUUCCAAAUGAGAGGUCUCCCUCAGCUCUCACUUUUCCUUUGUCCAGACCGAGGAUGGGAGCUCACGUCUUUUGGUUCGAACUACAUCGUCGUGUUCUCUUUGCUCAGCUCUCGUGGUUUCAGUCAAAUUGAUCGCGGCGACCACGGCUUCUUCUCCACUGCAAAUAUAUGGCAGUCAAUGACCGAGCCUAUCGCCACAGCACAUCGUCGGACGACCGCAGCAACCCGGCGUUGGGCACCGAGUCCAUUUCCUGGGGUUACUUUGAAACAACUAUGUAUGUCGAGUUGGCUCACAAACGCUGUGCCGAUUGAGUGUCGAAAACUCGUCACUCUUGCGGCGAGAAGAAAAUGCUUGAGGUUAGUUGGGUGGGUGUUUUGGGACAAGGGAGAUCUUGCGAAAUGGUCGUAUUGGGGGUGUGAGCUUGAGGAUUUUCGUGAUCAGAGUCAGGAUGAUGGUUGGUUCUGUUCGAAACACAAUAGACCGACUGCACCACUUGCAAUGGUCGAGCCGGAAAACGGUCAGUGA